AUGGAGGCGGCAAUGGUGAGCGCCUUCUCAGGGGCAAUGGGAUCGGUCCUCUCCAAGCUCGCCGGCUUGCCGGAGAAGGACUUCAAGCUGGCUAGAGGUGUGAAGGAGGACAUCGUCUCCCUGAGAGACGAGAUGAGCACCAUCAACGCUUCCCUCAUGGAGCUGUCUCAGAUGGAGGAACCAAUCGACGAUCUGCAUAGGGAGCUGCGUGCCAAGGUGCGUGAGCUGGCCUACGACAUGGAGGACUGCCUGAACAUCUCCAUGCACCGCCUCGGCGACCCUAGUAAGGCCGGGUUUCUGCGCGAGCUCAAGUCGCUCAGAGCGCGCUGUGAGAUCGCCAAGCUGAUCAGUGCGCUCAAGGCUCGAGUGGCCCAACUAGGCAAUCGACACAAGCUGAUCCUCCAGCUGCCCGAGCGUCCUCGCGCUGUGUGCGUCGACCCUCGGAUACAGGCGCUGUACCAAGACCCUGCCAGCCUUCAAGGCAUCGGCGGCCACAGGGAGAAGGUCGUGGAGGAGCUCCAGGAUGGGAUUGGCAAGACAACUCUCGCCAACCAGGUUUACACUGCCAUCCAAGGCAAGUUUGACUGCACCGCUUUUGUAUCGGUGUCCCGAAUCCCAGAUUUCGCCAAAAUCUUGUCAGAUAUAAUCCAAUCUAUAAGCCAAGAUGAUGAGAACGAACUCAUCAGUGGGUGGUAUUCUAUAAGCCAAGAUGAUGAGAACGAACUCAUCAGUCGGCUCCGUCGACGUCUUCAAAACGUAAGAUCGGGUGCGUGGCAGUGGGCAUGCAGUGGCAGUGACAGUGGCAGCAGUAAAACGUGGCUUAGAUCUUACCGGCCGGAUUUUGGCAGUAUUGAUAUCCCGCCGCGGUACCUUAUUGUUAUUGAUGAUAUGUGGACAAUAGAAGCAUGGAACACUAUCAAGUGCUGUUUUGUGGAGAAUAAUUGUGGUAGUAGGGUUAUAACAACUACACGUAUUGAAGAUACAGCUAAGUCAUGCAGUUCUAGCUUCCAUGGCUAUGUCUACAGGAUGGAACCUCUUAAUGAUGUUGACUCAAGAAUAUUAUUUCACAAAAGGAUUUUUCAUUCAGAAGAUGGUUGUCCGCAGCAUCUAAAAUGUGUUUCCAAUGAAAUUUUAAAGAAAUGUGGAGGGUUGCCACUAGCAAUACUUACCAUAGGCAGCAUUUUGGCGAAUCAUCAGGAUGUUGGUUCGACGGAAAUCUGGGAGAAGAUAGUGCAUUCCUUUCGUUUCCAGAUGGAAAGAAGCCCGGCUUUUGAAUGGCUGAGACAUGUGUUUAAUCUUGGCUACAAUGAUUUAUCUCUAGAACUCAAGACAUGCAUGCUAUAUCUUGGAAUUUUCCCAGAAGAUUGCAAAAUAGUUAAGGAUGAUUUGUUGAGGCGAUGGAUAGCUGAGGGUUUUGUUACUGAAAAGCAUGGUGACAUCCAAGAGGAGAUUGCAGAGAGUUCCUUCAAUGAACUUAUUAACAGAAAUAUGAUUCAAAUAGCUGAGUUCGAUGACUGCGGGGAAGUAUUUUCUUGUCGAGUGCAUGAUCUACUGCUUGACUAUAUCAUAAUCAAGUGCACAGACCAAAACUUCGUCACUAUAGUUAAUGACCAACAAAGCACAAAAGGCCCUUUGGAUGUUCGUCGGCUAUCCCUUCAUGUCAAGCACUCAUCAGAAAGAAAUGGCGUUCUGGAGAACAUGGCUCUGACCCAGGCUAGGUCAUUUAACUUCUGCGGGCCUGCCCAAUGGCUGCCCUCUCUGACAAAAUUUCGACUUCUGCGAGUUUUAAAUCUUGAUAUCAAUGGUUCCAUGGAUAGGCGGUACGACAUGUCCGGUAUACACAGUUUGUUCCAACUGAGAUAUCUGAGAACCAACGGAAUUGGCAGUAAUAAGAAACUGCUAGCACAACUGCGCAAGCUAGAACAACUGAAGACACCGGAGGUGGCCAGAGAAGAUGGUUAUUUCGUUCUGGAUGCUCAGAUGUUACCCUCGUCGUUGUGGCAUCUGAAUCUUCCGGAUGCUGUGAAGCUGGCAGGUGGGAUCGGCCAUUUGACAAACCUCCGUACAUUAAGUGAGUUCGAAAUAGAACUCGGAGAUGUGGGGAGAAUGAAGGAGCUCGGCGAGCUGACCAAUCUCAGGGAGCUGAAGCUGUUUCAGUGUUCAUAUGGUGUGGGAGUCACUAGUGAAGUUCUACUCUCUUCCCUCUGCAAACUCGUCAACCUUCGGUCCAUAGUCGUCAGCGAAGGACGCCUCAAAGAAGAUGUCUUGGCUCGUUGGUCGCCGCCUCCGCGCCAUCUCCGCCGUCUACAUGUGCUGGAAUGCAUCUUCUCUACCAUCCCAGCUGAUUGGAUCACCCACCUUCAUAACCUCGGCAGCUUGGAAAUCCUAGUCCGGUCGCUGCCAAGCGAUGGCAUUGUCGUUCUCGCCAGGCUCCCUUGCUGGUGCACCUCAGUCUUCACGUCGAGGAGUGUGUGCCCCAAGAAGGCUUCGUGGUUUUCCACCGCGUGGCGUUCCCAAAUCUCCGGGAGUUGUGGUUCCGAUGGGAGGCGCCUUGCCUUGUGUUCGAGGCGGGAACCAUGCCGAGGCUUCGGAGCCUGGUUAUAG